AUGGUGUUCUUUGCCAUCUUUCUCAUCACCAUGGCGGGGAAUCUUGGCUUGGUGGCAUUAAUUUAUACCGAGCAUCGUCUUCUGGCUCUGAUGGAUUCCUUCUGCUCUUGUGCCAUUACCCCCAAGAUGUUAGAGAACAUUUUUUCUGAAUACAAAAGGAUUUCUCUCUAUGAAUGCAUGGCACAAUUUUAUUUUCUCUGUCUUGCUGAAACUGCAGACUGCUUUCUCCUGGCUGCCAUGGCCUAUGACCGCUAUGUGGCCAUAUGCAGCCCACUGCAAUACCACACCAUUAUGUCCAAGAAGCUCUGCAUUCAGAUAACCACAGGGGCUUUCAUAGUUAGUAACCUGCAUUCCAUGAUUCAUGUAGGGCUUCUUUUAAGAUUAACAUUCUGCAAGUCUAAUAAAAUUGACCACUUUUUUUGUGAUAUUCUUCCACUGUAUAGACUGUCCUGUACUGAUCCUUAUGUCAAUGAACUUAUGAUUUAUGUUGCUUCAAUGCCAAUUCAAAUCUUUACCAUUGCCACUGUCUUGAUCUCUUAUCUCUGCAUACUUUUCACUAUUUUCAAAAUGAAAUCCAAGGAGGGGAGAGGCAAAGCAUUUUCUACUUGCGCAUUCCACUUUCUCUCAGUCUCAAUAUUCUACACUUGUCUUCUCAUGUAUAUUCGAUCAUUUGAAGAAGGCGAUAAAGAUAUACCAGUGGCAAUAUUUUAUACAAUAGUAAUUACUGAACCCUUUAAUUUAUAG